CCUCUUUUCGCGCUUUGAUCGAUUCCUUCCCGCUCGAGUCGACGCGAUCGAGUUGCAAUCGAAUCGAGUCGACUCGAACGGAAUCGAAACGACCGAGCGCCGACCGCUUCCGGUAACGGCGCGAGGUUGCGCUCCGCUCCCUGAAAAGCAGAAAAUCCAUCGUCUCUUUGAGUUUUCUCUAAAGCAAACACCGCUAGCGAGCGAUCCGAAGGAUUCCGCUGGUCGGAAACGAUCGGACGCGAUCGGAGAGGCGGAGGCGCGCACGCUCGCGCGGCCUCGGGCCGCCGACUUUCGUUCGAUCGAUAGCCAGCCACGGGUCGCGAGCUCGCGCUCUGCUCCUCGCGGAAACCGACGGUAGCGAACAAUGACGAAUAAUGACGAAUAACGGCGAAUAAUGGAGGCGAAGGGACGGUGGGCCGGGCGAAACCUUCGAGCGAGCGAGGACAGUACGGAGGAUUAACCUUGCGAUCGUUUCUUCCUUUGCAGCGGACGUCGCGAAAUCGAAAUGGAAACACUUGCGGGACAAUUUCCGCAACGAACUCAAGAAGACGUAUCGAGGGAAAUGCGAGGGUGGCGGGAACGAGCACGAUUCCAAAACUGCUCGGCGGCCCUCCGAUCCUCGCCGGAAGGGACGCAGAUCGAGCCGCAGAUCGACAUUCUCGAGGGCCACGAGGAGACCCGAUUCGACGACCUGGACGGCGACUCUUGCCAGUCGCUGCUGUCGAACGAGGACGGGCUCCAUCACGUGAUGCCGCCGCCCAAGCUGAACAAGAUCGGCAGGAAGAGGAGCCUGAUGGACGCGUUGGACAACGACUACUCCGAGGUCGACAGGAAGCGAUUCGAGUCCCUGCAGAAGAGGCUGAGCGUCUCUCAGGAGGAGGAGGACGACACCUACCACUUCCUGAUGAGCGUCCGGAACCCCCUCAAGAGCCUGCCGCUCGACCGGCAGAUGUUCGUCAGGCUGAAGAUCCAGGAGCUCGUCUACAACGAGAUCAACUCGCAGAACCAGCAGCAGAAUCGCUCGGCGGUCUACGACGGGCAGCAGGACGUGAAGCCCCUCAGAGCGGGCGGCACCGUCGCGGCCGGGACCGGAGUGGGCCCGGGCCCCGGGCCUGGCGGGGGCGUCGCCGAUGCCGACUCCGCGGUCUCGGGCGCCGCGGCCGUCGUCGGGACCGAGCAGCCCGGCAUCGGCGACGCCGUCUCCCACUCGGCGGCCUUGCUCCAAAAUUCCGCCUCGGACGGCUCCGCUCACGAUGCCUUCUUUGGUUAAUUUAAUUUACCUUCUCAGC